AUGUCGAAGAAGCUAGUUAUUGGCCUGGACUUUGGUACCACGUUCAGUGGAGUUGCGUUCUGUGACGAUGUCGCAGGCGCAAAAGGUACCGCAAACGUACAAUUGAUUCAGUCAUGGCCUGGGCUGGCCAGUAUGGCAAACACGGAGAAAGUCCCUAGUCGCAUCGCCUACGGACUUCCUCCAAACUCCACGAUUCUAUGGGGCAACUUGAUCAAACCCAACACCAAAGCUAAGGUCUAUGUAAUGAUGAAGCUCAGACUGGACGAGCGCUUGAACAAGUCGAACCAACUGAGAAGGCUUCUGGAAUUACUCAGUAUAGAUGGACUCGGCUUCAACGACUCCGAUGAAGAUGAAGACGGACCUCCUGAAUACCCUGGGAAAGAGCCGGUUGAUGUGGUGGCAGACUAUCUCACAGAGAUUAGAAAACAUGUGUUUAGUGACCUCGCGAAGAUCUAUGGAUCCACACUUUCUACCCUAAACAAGGAACUUGUCAUCACUGUUCCAGCUGUGUGGUCAGAACAUGCGAAGGACCUUACUGUCAAAGCGGUCGCCAAAGCAAAGUUCGACGUGAGUAAGAUAUCUUUGGUGACGGAACCCGAAGCUGCGGCCAUAUACACAUUAAAGGAUAUGAAAGAGGGUGCGGGGAAGGAUCAGAUUCAGAUAACUCCCUCGAUUCCCUCUAAUAAUAUUUCUAAGUUGAGACUGCAGGUUGGAGAUUCUUUUGUUCUAAGCGACGCUGGAGGUGGAACAGUUGAUCUCAUUUCUUAUCACGUCACUCAAGUCCAUCCCGUUCUAAAGGUAGAAGAAGCUGCGAUUGGUAGCGGGGACAAGUGCGGAGCCAGCUACGUUGACAAGGAAUUCCUCACUUGGCUUGAAAAAAAGCUUGGAUCCGAAGCUUUCAGGAAGAUUCCACAGGCCAAGACUCGCCACGGGAGCGUCUUGAUGACUGCCUUCGAAACUGCCAAAAUGUACUUUGAGGGCAAACCAGAAGAAUUCGAAGUUCCACUUCCGAAGGAGCGCGGAAUCGAAGAUGACGAAAAAGGCAUCGAAGACCAAUACCCUGGAAUGCUUAGGCUUCUAAUACUUGAUAGUUCCGAUCUCAUAGCGAUCUUCGAUCCAUGCGUCAAUCGUAUCCUCGAGUUGAUUGAUGGCCAAGUUGCUGCUGUUUUGAAAAGCGGCAAUAGGAAACCAAAGGCGAGAGCCCUAAUAACUCUAGAUAACGUCGGCGGUUUCGGUAGGAAUGAGUAUCUCUACUCGAAAAUCGUUGAGUAUUGUAAGGAUCGAAACAUGUUGACCAGUAGGCCUUCAUUUCCCUGGUCGGCAGUGGCCAGAGGAGCUGUUUGCAGAGGCUUGGAAGGUCCCCAAGCUGGACUUGUCGCUGUCAGGCUCGCCCGAAAGCAUUAUGGUACUUAUGCUUCGGAGAGGUUCAAUCCACGCAAGCAUCUAGCACAAGACAUGUAUACAGACCAGUAUGAGGGGACCAAGUAUGCGAGAGGUCAAAUGACAUGGCUCGUAAGUAAAGGGGAGCGACUGCCAGAUUUAACGCCCAGAACUGCUUCUAUUUCCUGUGGAUGUCAAUUUCGCACCGGUGAGGAUCGUAGCUUUGCUGCAGUUCUCGUGGGAUGCGACGAGGAUGAUGCACCACAACGCUACGCGCAUAAAGACGCAUACAAUAUCUGCAGAGUAUCAGCAAACCUUAAUGACGUUCCAGACAGCAAGUUUCCGCGAUGCAGAUCUGGUCUGAAUUCUGAAGAGUAUAUGGUAGCUGAAUUUAAGCUUGAAGCUACCUUCGCGGAUGACAGGAUCAACUGGAAGGUUAUCUUUCACGGCAAGGAGUAUGGCGCAACUUCCAUCUCAUAUAGCAGCUGA